UUCAUUUCUUUUUCUCUUUGUCAAACUUCCAAAACAUUCCAAGAUCGUUGAUCUUUUUUCCAGAAACUGGACGUGGAUUUUAUUCAAACUUCUCAGAAACAGAUCCUCUUGUUGGUAAUCUAAAGUAUUCAUCAUCAUCAUUCUUGUGGUGUUGAUUCGAUGGAAGAAUAGAGAUAAAAUAGAGAUUGGCAUAAAGAGAAUCCAAAAACACACAAGAAUAAGACAAAAAGAUCUGAAGAUAUGUUCUGUUGCGGAGGUGCGGAUGAGGAACCCGCCGGUCCGCCAGCAAACCAGUAUUCAUCAGCGCCUCCUAACAAGGCCGGAAAUAACAAUUUUGGCGGCGGUGGGAACAGAGGAGAGCCGAGGAAUACAAACGCACCUAGAUCAGGAGGUCCUGCAAAGGUUUUACCUAUAGAGAUCCCUUCUAUUCCAUUGGAUGAGCUGAACAAAAUAUCAGGUAACUUCGGAAACAAGGCACUGAUCGGUGAAGGCUCUUAUGGACGUGUCUUCCAAGCUAAGUAUAAUGGAGGCGAUGUUGCUAUUAAGAAGCUUGAUGCUAGCUCUUCUGAAGAACCUGACUCCGAUUUCACCUCACAGUUAUCGGUGGUGUCACGGCUUAAAAAUGAACAUUUUGUGGAACUGAUGGGGUACUGCUUGGAAGCAAACUACCGCAUUCUUGUCUACGAGUUCGCAACUAAAGGUUCCUUACACGAUGUGUUACAUGGGAGAAAGGGCGUGCAAGGAGCUGAGCCAGGACCGGUGCUGAACUGGAACCAAAGGGUCAAGAUCGCAUAUGGAGCAGCCAAAGGGCUUGAGUUCCUUCAUGAGAAGGUCCAGCCACCAAUAGUCCACAGGGACGUAAGGUCGAGCAAUGUCUUGUUGUUUGAUGACUUUGUGGCCAAAAUGGCUGAUUUCAACUUGACCAACGCAUCUUCAGAUACUGCCGCGAGGCUUCAUUCUACUCGUGUAUUGGGAACGUUUGGCUAUCACGCUCCCGAGUAUGCUAUGACGGGACAGAUAACGCAGAAGAGUGAUGUGUAUAGUUUUGGUGUUGUGCUAUUGGAGCUCUUAACAGGAAGAAAACCUGUAGAUCAUACCAUGCCUAAAGGCCAACAAAGUCUUGUUACUUGGGCAACUCCGAGACUAAGUGAAGACAAAGUCAAACAAUGCAUAGAUCCUAAGCUUAACAAUGACUUCCCUCCCAAAGCAGUAGCGAAGUUGGCUGCCGUGGCGGCCUUGUGUGUUCAGUAUGAGGCGGAUUUCCGGCCUAACAUGACCAUUGUUGUCAAGGCACUUCAGCCUCUCCUUAACUCCAAACCGGCCGGUCCUGAGUCUUCUUCCUGAAUUACCAGUUAACCAAUUCUCUUGGUUUUGUUUUUGUUGUUGUUCUGGCUCUCUUCCUCUCUUUCCUUCUUGUUGUAAGAUGUUGUCAUUAUAUUUUUCUGUCAACAAGAUGUUGUCAUUGGAAUGUAACUCACUGGUUUAAAGCCCUCCUUUUUUGGUCUAGCCUGGCUAC